AUGGCAACUCAUGAGUUUGGUAUGACGCAUGUUAGAUCCUCCUCUGUUUCACUUUUAGCGGAGGCUACAUCUGGGACUGGCUCUUCAGGAAAUACUUUGGAAGACAAAUUGGGAAAGAUCGAAAUAUACAAAAAUUUAACUGAAUAUGAGGACGUAUUGGCAAAAUUAAUUGAAUCGGUGGAUAAGUUUCAUCCUAAUUUAAAAUAUGCCCAAGAAUUAAUACAGGCAGAUUAUGACAUGUAUUUUAGUCUUGCGACUUUUGCGAAAUAUGAUGAUAUUGAUUCUAGGCUUAGUACUCUAGAAGACAAGCGUAUGGAUAUUGAUCAACAAACUAGAGAUAUCUUAGAAACAUUAAAUGAAUGUCAUGAUAACUUAAAUAACCUUCCCAGUUUGGAUCAAGUAGAAUUUGAGAGAGAUACUAUAUUAGCACAACGGAAGAAAGUCAACUCAACGACCUUGUUGGAUUAUGCGACAAAAUUAUCAAAAUUUACAAAGAUACCACCAACAUUCGAUAAAGGAUCCAUUGGUCCAAAUAAUUUUGUAUGGCCAGGUGAUGAUGCUUUGAGAAGAGGGAUGCUGGCUCUUGCUUCGUUGAACAGUGGUAAAUUAACAGCAAUUAAAGGUCAAACGAAGGAAAAUGAACCAGCGAUUACAGCUAAAACCACAGACGAUAACACUACAGAUAUCGUCAAUGAAAUGAAUCCUGAGAAACAAGAAGUAGAUGCGGAUAAUAUAUCUAAUGAUAGAAGGGGAUCAUUUGUGUUUGGUGCAAAUCAUGAAAAUGAGAGUCAUACUGAGGAAAAGAAAGAAAAUAGUGACAAUGAAGAUAUCGAUCUGGAUCUGGACCUUUUCAACCCAGAUGAAUUUUAA